UCAAAUGGGAUGGCGUCCCAGACAGAUUCGCCUUCUCCGCAAGGCUUGCUGUUGUUGUGUGACAAAACAACACCGCUAUAAGGCGUUGGAAUAGUUUGGGUGAGCAUUACUGCAGCUUCCCUGUUUCUGCGUCUCGAAGGAGUGAGGGGUAAAACAACAAAACAGAUCACUCAUCCAAUAUCCUCCACCCAGUCCCACCAUGAAUAUCCAGUCCGCUAUCAACAGGGCGGUGUUUGCUCCCCGGGAUGAGAGGAUGCUAGUGGCUGUGGAGGUGAAGAGGAGAAAAAGGAAAAGGGUCCCCUUUCUACCCACUGGAGGCAAGGGAGAAUACAUGACAUACAUCUGUUUGUCAGUGACCAAUAAGAGGCCAGCUCAGCUCCUCAUCACCAAAGUCAAGCAGUUUGGGGGCUCCGCCCCCUUCACCAGAAGGUCACAGUGGGCCGUGGAGCAGCUUCGCCAGGUCAACGGCAUCAACCCCAACAAGGACUGCCCAGAGUUUGACCUGGUGUUCGACAACGCCUUUGACCAAUGGGUGGCCAGCUCAGCGCCAGAGAAGUGCAUCUUCAUCCAGAUCAUGUACCACGCCUGUCAGACCUAUUGGGAAGGCAAGGAGGGGGUCCCUGGUAGCCCAGCCGGGGACCAGCAGAAGGGGCAAAGAGGUCAAGGGGGCCAGGGUAGCCCAGGGGCCCAAGGGGGCCAGGGUAGCCCAGGGGCCCAAGUGGGCCAGAUAGGAGGACCAGUGGCCCAGGCUAGACGGAAGAGCACUGUGGGUCCCAGGCCCCAUCAUACUGAGUUUGUCAACUGUCAGUCCAAACUCACAGGAGAUGCCUGCAAAAUGAAUCUGGUCCUGUACCGUUGCAAGGUCUUUUUCAAUCGCAUGAAGAAGGUGAUGGUUUCAAACCAAAGCCGUUCUCAGGCUGGAGCAGGUCCUAGAGCAGGACCCAGUGGGCAGCGCCCUCCAGGGGGCAGUAUGGGUAGUGUAGUCCAGAGGGCCAGCCAGGCCCUGCAGGAGCGUGGGGAGAGACUGGGCCGGGCUGAGGACAAGACGGUAGACCUAAUGCACAAAGCCCAGCAGUUUGCAGACACUGCUCACAAGCUGGCUCUGAAGUAUUCAAACUAGAGGCAUAUCUUCCCGUGGAACCGCUCCUGGAGUCUUUGGCCUGAAUUGACUUGUUAAUUCUAUGUAAUAACAUUUUUACUAAUCUUUGACUGAGUUGAAACUAAUGGACUAAUGUUGGACUGAGUUGAAACCAAGUGGUCACACUGCAAUUCCUCUGUGAAGAGUCCUGUCUAGUACUGGGUUAUUGCGCUUGCUAUUAGGACUUAGACUGUGGACAAGCAACUGUCACUUGUGUCAGAAGGACUUUAAAAUGUUUACAGGUGGGGAGGACGGCCCAGUUAUGGACCCCCCCCCCCCCCCAGGAUUAAAGAAUGACCUUUCACCUCUAGAACAGGACCUGUGGUGUCCUUUCAUGGGAUAGAGUUUGUAUACUGGAUGGCAAUGUAGUGUCACAAUGCUCCCACUGUUUGAGUGUACAUGUCUUCCCUGCUUCAGUAGCCUCUUCUCUGAUAACAACGAUUUUAGAUUGUAUUGAUUAACUUUUGUGUUGUGCGGUUUUAGAUAUCUUAAUAUAGAUUCAUGAAUUCACACAGUGAACAGCUGACAAGUGAAGUUGAGAACCUACGUGUCUCCACGAUGAAUGUAUUUCUGUUUUUUUUUGUUUUUUUUGCUCAUUGCAUAAAUUAUUGCUCAUUUAUGACUGAAUAGGCACACACAAAGAGCAGCUUGUGAAUAUUGGCACGAACCGAUGCAACUCGGGUUGCAAAUAUAUUCCUGGUGUUAUUAUUUUCCAGAUUUUUUAUCUCUGCGUUGUUGGGAAGGGCCUGUAAGGAAGCAUUUCACUGUUAGUCUGCACCUGUAUACGAAGUAUGUGACGCAACCAUUUUGUAGAUUUCUUUUUUACAAAUUGCACUUUCAUUGAAUGUUUGAAUGGCAUUGAAUGCAUAAGUGUGGCUCUUAAGGUUAUUGUCUUCAUGGUUGUCAGAGCAGGUGCAGGGGAACAAGGAACACCUGGCGAAAUCUUUUCUUUGCAUGAUUUUGUAAUGGUCUUGAUUUCUUUGCUCUUUCUAAAGUGGAAUAUGCACACAUUUGCUUUCAGUUUUUUUCCAUGCUCAAUUCCUCCAGUGCCCUUUCCCUGCUUGUAUCAAAACCAUUGAUUAGUCACCAAUCACUGUUCCAAAUUCUAGUUAAUUUUCCUAUUUGAUCCUUGCUCUUGUCUUUGUCUAAUCGUGUUUGAUUAAUUGAUCCCCUGAAUUGUCACUGUCUUGUCACGUAUGUCAUCUGUUUUUGUCUCUUGUGCCAUAUCUACAUGUAUGCUGGUUCCAUGUGAAAAGAUUUGAGUGUAGCAGUUGGAAUGGUGGGUUCAUGUAUGUAGACCAGGUCUCUUCUAGGUGAGGUCAUAGGGAAGGUAUUUAGUGUUGACGUGUGAUGCACGUCCACUCAGCCGGCUCAAUGCGGUAGCAAAUUGAUCCCGGGGACGACGUUGGUGUGAUGAAGUUUCUGAUUAACACUGUAUAGAUACCGUGGAGUUGGCUAGUGAUGAGGAGACUGGUAGAGAUGAGAUGGUUCAGUUGGUUAGUGAUGAGGGUUCGUUAGGAUGAAGGUGUAGUUUUGAUGCCCAGUGAUAAUGUUUUUAUUCUACACACUACAGACAGUUUUGGGAUGGAGUUUUCCUUUAAACUCUUACCUUUUGGUAUUUUUUUUCCAUUAGUCCAUUGACAUAGUUUCCAUGUUUUUGCUUGUCAGCUAUCAAGUUUUCUAGAUAUCGAACUUUAAAAACACAAAUCAUCCCUGAAUGAGGCUUUUUGUGUCAUAUGAUGCAGCAACAGAAUGAAAAUUGCAUAUCUUGAACUUGAUUGCUGACGAGCAAAACAUUUUGAGACCGUUAACAAUGGACCAAUGAAACAAACACCGAAAGACCGUUUUUGGGGUGGAGUUUUCCUUUAAUUGAAAUGCUUUAGCAGCUGGGGCAGUAUGUCCCUCCUUUAUGCUAAACGUCUCCCAGAAAGUGAGAGGGUCGUCUUACCUCUGUCUUCAGAGUACUCCUAUUAGAAUGACGCUUAUUCUGUCGGCUAACUGUCAGGAGUGGAAUCCAAAGAGGCCGCUUGUCGUAACUGCAUGUUUUCUGUUGCUAUGUUACUGCUGUGGCAAAAUAUGGGUUAGAAUCUAAAUGAAUUGUCCAAGAAGAGUGCCUUACUACCUUUUUUUUUUUUUGUAUAGCCUGAUCGUGGAGUUAAACCCUGUACUGACGUCUGUUUUAUUGUUCCUAGCAAUGCAGAGUAUUUAACAUUGCCUUAUACUACAGCGCUUCAAGUACUGUUUUACGUGUAAAUGAGAUUUCUUGUACUGUCUUUAAUGAGAAGAAGAGCAAUGACCUUAACACUCCUUUUUUUUUGAGCUAAUAAAUGAAAUGGGACCCA